AUGUAUCAAGCGCUCAGUUCGAAAAUACCCAAUAUCUUCUAUCGUUUCACGUCUAAUCUUCAGCGGUCGAACCCACCAAUUUCAUCCAGGAAGGCCGCAGAGUUCGAUAAUCGCGCAGGUUCGUGGAUGCUCUACAAGUCGAGUUUCGUUUUUCUAUCCUAUCUGGGUCGUUUUUUCCAGCGUGGCGCAUGGUACUUUGAUUUUCAGUUCUACCUAUCCGGGGGCGUUUCGCUUACUGUUGCCUUCUUAACCUUGCACGCUACUGUUCGUUUUAUCGUCGGGCAACAGUUGAUUGAUUGA